CGAGACAAAUUGAGCAUUUCACCCACAAGGUUGCGCACGCGAUUUUUGACGGUAAUGAACCUUUUGGUUCUCAGCAUGCACAAAUAGCGCGCUAGGACACGGUAAUGAGUACGCGCCGGCGGCACCAGCCAUCUUUCUCCCCGCUUUCGCCCAAACUUGCGCGCGAGGACGACUUGCAACGCACCCAUGAACCGCCCACCAUGUCUUACGCGGCGCCAGUUGACGCGCGUAACACAGAAGAGACUGUCUCCUUGACCUCGCUCGAGAGCGGUGCCGACGACUUCGACCGACGCAUGAUCCAAACAGUUCGCGACGCACGGCGCAACGAUGCGCCCACGCCAAAGGUGCACGCCUUCUCCAAGGCGCGCGUACGUCCACGCGUCGGCGUGACUCUGGAGAACCUGGAAAGGCACAACGCUAAGAACAGUGUCACGCUGGGUCCCAAUGCGCACGUCAAAUUCCAGAGUCCGCCCAGCAGCAGCGGCUCGACCAGGUCCGAUCCGGCGCUGAACGUGCCGGCCGGAUGGGGGAGGAAGGGGAGGGUCCGGAGAAACUGGAUGCGGGACAUCACAACCGACGAGAAGCGAGAACCCGUAGCACAGGAGGACACAGUCGAUCGCCUUGCGCUCGACCCGGAACACACGCCCCCGCGCGAUGCGGACGAACCGCGCCAGUCCAUUGAGGACAGUCCCCUCUCACAUAAAAGCUCUUUCCACGGGACACCCUCGUCUCAGCGCAGGCGAAGCAUAGAAGAUUGGAGCUUUGAUAUGAACGAGGCUUCACUAAUCGCGUCUACGCCCUACCGCCCGCGAAAUACGAUGCUGGAGGACAUACGACAGCGAGAGAUAGAGUCUCUGAAGGAGCAAGGAGUAGCUACAGACCGGCUGGACAGGAUAAGAGAAACUUCGCCCGAAGAAAUACGGCGGCCGCGCUCCGCAUCGACAAAAUCUGCCACAGUCCAGGAGAAUGUGACGAAGCAGGAGGAGACUAGCCCGGAGCAAGGCCUGUCGGAAUUGCGCCUUCACAAGCGCAAUAAAUCGUGGCAGGCGGUUGGUAAAGCGCCGGCCAUGACGGGAGAGGGCACAGAGGGGUCACCUAUAGUCGUUUACAAAAGGAGCUCAGAGACCAUUGGCAUGGUGGACAGCCGGCUUCUGGCGGGCCAAAGUAACGUGAAGCCACCGGCUGCCCGCAGGGACGACUCACGCGAUCUGUUGAGACGAUUGGCGCGGGCGUCCAGCACUCCAAGCCCUGGGAGACCCGAAUUGUCGCGGCCCCAGGUAGCACCGACAAGCCAAACGGGAAGCUCUUCACGGACCAUGGUUACUGAAACAUCUCCCUCCGCUCACACUGUAAGGGAAGGUUCUGGUGCGGUCUCGGUCACUGAGCAUAUCGGAUCCGAGAAAGGCCACCUGCUGGCGGAAACGGAUCAGGCUCAGAAUACCGAAAAGGGCCGGGAGUCUCGAGUGGGCCAACUAUCUACGACCGAAAUUCAACGAAAUACUAUCAAUGCGACGCCAAAGCCAGCAGAACGCUCAACUUUCAACCCCAAAACACCAGUUGUGACGGGUGCAUGGGUGGAUACCAUGGUAGGCACGCCCGGGCCCUCGACCGUACAAAAACCCUCAGGACCGUCAACAUCCUCAACUUCUCCCCAAAAAGGCAGCCCUCGAAAACAAUUGCCUCAAGACACACCUGCGGAAGACCAGCAGCCAACUCCAGAAGUGUCAAAGCCGACCCUACCACGAUCAGUUCUGGGGGCGCUCGUUGAAGAAGCACGAGCGAGCGGACAACGACGCCCCACAGACUACGGAGAUUCAACCAUCAACUCAUUGGAAGAGCUGAUGGCGCCAAUAGCCGAUACCUCAGAGUCCGGCGAGCCGGACGAAGACACGAUCCCAUUAGACAUUUCGACAAAGCCACGUACCGAAGCCGAGCGACGACGACAGGAAGAACUCUUCCACAUCCAGAAUAUGGACAGAAGACUACGAUCAACGCGAACCAGCCUCCGCGAUACCAGUCGUGGCAUUCGAAGAGUAGAAGAGCAGAUCGAGCGUGGCGGCGAGCGCACCACCAUUAUCUUGGAUGGAAACGAAAACGAGAAAUCAAUAGACCGAGAAUACAAGUGUCCGUGUGUUGAAACCGGUGGCCACCAAUCCUCCUUCUGGCAAAUUUCCAAACUUCUCUUUUACGACAAGAGGUUAAAGCCUAAACGACGCGGCUGGGGCUUGACAUGGCUCAGCAUCUUCCUACUCACCUUUGUCGCGUGGUUUAUUCUAGAAAAUAUCUGCUGCGAAAUAUGGGGUCACCCGACAUUUGCCUCCUCGUACAAGGGUUACGGCGUCGUGUGGGGCGCGCCGGAGUACCCAUACGUAUUGCCUACGAUGACUUACCGAGCCUUGAUAAAACCCUGGUGGCGCCCUUUACACACAUUUCUAUCAUGGAUCUGGGGAGCUGUUGGAUUUGAGAACGUGGAAGCAGCGCCUAGAGCGAGGACGACGGCAACGGCUACAGGUUUUGCAGAGAGGAUCCUGGUUAGGGACCAGGCUCGGGUGGCAUUUGAGGAAGAGGCGGCAAGUGUGCUGGGUAUGACAGCGGACGAGGUUGUGCGGUAAGAGUCUGGAAGAGCAGCAUGGUGAAGCAUUUGGCAUUAUUAGCGCGGCGUUUUGGGUACUUGCAUUGGAUUGCGCGUUGUAGUCGCGCGGUGGUUCUCAGUCGAAGUACAUUUGGGAUAAGAAACUUUUGGGUACGUGCCUCUGCAUGUCUCUCCAUGGAAUGUAUUCUCUGGCAGGAGCUACCUCACUAGCCUACAAUACACAAGCAGCACC